GGGGCGGAGCUCGUGGGCGGGGCGCGCAGGAUCGGGGCGGGUCCGCGCCGCCGCCCUCCGCGUCGUCCCGCCCCCGGCACCGCCGCUUGCUGGCUCGCUCGCGCUGCAGCCCCCGCGGGAGCCGCCGCCUAGCUCGCUGCACCUCCCGUGAGCAGAAGAUGGCUGUGCCUCCCACAUACGCUGAUCUUGGCAAAUCUGCCAGGGACGUCUUUACCAAGGGCUAUGGAUUUGGCUUAAUAAAACUUGAUUUGAAAACAAAGUCUGAGAAUGGACUGGAAUUUACAAGCUCAGGUUCGGCCAACACUGAGACCACCAAAGUGACGGGCAGUCUGGAAACCAAGUACAGGUGGACCGAAUAUGGUCUGACGUUUACAGAGAAAUGGAACACAGACAACACACUAGGCACGGAGAUUACUGUGGAAGAUCAGCUUGCACAUGGACUGAAGCUGACCUUUGAUUCAUCCUUCUCACCAAACACUGGGAAAAAAAAUGCUAAAAUCAAGACAGGGUACAAGCGGGAGCAUAUCAACCUGGGCUGUGAUGUGGAUUUUGACAUCGCUGGGCCUUCAAUCCGGGGCGCGCUGGUGCUGGGUUAUGAGGGCUGGCUGGCUGGCUACCAGAUGAAUUUUGAGACUGCAAAGUCUCGAGUGACCCAGAGCAACUUUGCGGUUGGCUACAAGACUGAUGAAUUCCAGCUUCACACCAAUGUAAAUGAUGGGACAGAGUUUGGUGGCUCUAUUUAUCAGAAGGUGAACAAGAAGUUGGAGACGGCAGUUAAUCUUGCCUGGACAGCAGGAAACAGCAAUACUCGCUUCGGAAUAGCAGCCAAGUAUCAGAUCGACCCUGACGCUUGCUUCUCGGCAAAAGUGAACAACUCCAGCCUGAUAGGUUUAGGAUACACUCAGACCCUAAAGCCAGGUAUCAAACUGACGCUAUCAGCUCUGCUGGAUGGCAAGAAUGUCAAUGCUGGUGGCCACAAGCUUGGUCUAGGACUGGAAUUUCAAGCAUAAACGAAUAUUGUACAAUCGUUUAAUUUUAAACACUUUUGCAGCAUAGCUACCUUCAGACUUUAGUGUACCUUUCAAUGUUGUAUGUCUGGGACGCAAGUAUUGCUAAAUAUGUUAGACUUCCAGGUUAAAGAUGAUUCAGCUUUAAGGUGUUACCCUUUCAGAGGUACAGAAGAAACCCAGUUCCAAAAUCGGCCCUUUCAGCUGCGGACUUGGGGGGAACUUGGUGGCCCCUCUAGAGAUGUCAGGUUUCUUUUUCAAUUUAGAAAUGGCUGCAAGUGGAAGCUGGUAAUUUGUAGGCACUUUGUAAAUUUAUAUUUACUAAAUGAAUGAAAUUGUGACUUACUGAGAAUUGAAUCUUGGUAUCAUACCCUAAUUGAGGUCAUUGAUGGUGUGUAUAAACUUCUGAAAUGGGCUUUUUUAGACAGAUCUUCAUAACCUGAUUCUACCCCAGUCUAUCAGCUCUUUUACAUCAAAGGUAGUCUGCAGGGCGUGGUAGCUGUAUCUUUUGUGCCAUUUUGGGGUGGAGAAGGUGGAUGUGAUAAAGCCAAUAAUUCAGGACUUAAUUCCCUUUCAUGUGGUUUUUUGCUCUUGCACCAGAGUAUGAAAUAGCUUCUAAGAGCUCCAGCUGCAAGCUGGGAAGUCUCCGUGACUGUAAUCACAUGGUGACAAAACUUGGAAUCUAUAUUGGACUUCUGUUAUAUUUUCAGCAGUCUGUUUAUUUUUUAGCAGUUUAAUGGGUACAUUUUAGAGUCUUCCAUUUUGUGUGGAAUUAGAUCCUCCCUUUCAAAUGCUGUAAUUAACAUCACUUAAAAUAAAACUUGAAUAAAAUAUUGAAACUUCA